AAUUCAAAAUCUAUCCCUGGAUUAAAGCACGUGUCCUGACGUGCUUCGGAAAAAGGUUGUGGAGUACGACCAGAUGGUAGUGCCGACCGGCGCGCCGAACAUGCAUUUCCAAUCGGAUCAGUUGACUAAACAAAACACCGAUUUUUCGGCCAGAGAGCCAUACCAUCAGUCGUCUACCUCUCAAUACAAGGCAAACAAUUUGACAAACAAUUAAAGUAAUCAAUCAAUCAUUAAAUUGUUAUCCAUUUCUUAAGUCAUUAUUUAAAAAAAUUAAUCAGAAGUUUAUUGUUAAAUAUUAAGUGUUUUUUAUCUAAAAAUAUAUCAAUUUUAC